UGGUCUUGGUCCGGCGGACGGUGUGAGCUGAGGCCGAGGAAUGUCCUUGGGAGACUGGCCGAGCGAGUAGCUCCCACCGGCAUGGCAGCCAGAUGGAAGCAGAGCGAGGGGGAGGAGGAGAGGGUAUGGAGCGGCCUGCCAUGGCCGCAGCAGGAGACGGUGGUGUACGACCGUGAACAUGACCGGGAGCUGCCGCUGGGUCCUCGUGAGCGCUGGCGAGAGGAGGAGGAGGUGGAUGAGGUGGAGGUGGAGGUUGAGGGGGAUGAGGAGCAGCCACCGGUGGAAGGAGAGGGAGAGGACGAGGACGGGCAAGAUGGCUACCACUGCCAGAUCUGCGGUUUCCACGCCGAGCAGCUUCAGCCCUUCAACGUGCACCUCCACACGGCCCACCCUGCCGUGGUGCUGCAGGAACUCUACGGCCUGCUGGGCCUGAGCGGCAGCCCCGGGCCCGGACUCUUCGGGACUCCCAUCCCCGGCCUGGGAGUCAUCAUCGGGCCCAGCCCCACACAGGGGCCCGAGGCCAGUGGGGGGCAGCAGCCAGCAGCAGCAGGGCUGGACCUGAGGGGAAGGCCGGAGCCAGGCCUAAGUGGAAGGCCCAAUAUCAUCCUGGCACCAGGGCCAGAGUCAGGACUAACAAAUAGGCCCAAUAUCAGCCUGACUGCAGAGCGAGAAACAAGCCUAACUGGAAGGCCCAAUAUCAGCCUGACUGCAGAGCCAGAAUCAGGCCUAAGUGGAAGGCCCUAUAUCAUCAGCCUGACACAGGAGCCGGAGCCAAGCCUAACUGGAAGCCUCAAACACAGCCUGACUAGAGGCCCGGACAUCAACCUGAGUGAAGGCCCCAUACCCAGCCUGACCGAAGGCCUCAGGCCCGGCUUGAAGGGAGAGCCGACCCCAGGCCUGGGCCUGACUCGAGGGCCGCAUCCCAGCCUGUCCUCGGGGCCCAGCCCCCCCCUGGGCCUGACGGCAGGCCCAAUGGAGGCAGGCAGUGGAGGGGAGGAGGGAGGCGAGAGGGGCAUGGUACAGAUCGACCUGACCGGGGAGGAGGAGACCCCCGGGCCCCUGCUCCCGGCAGCCCCCGACCCUCUGGACCCCGAGCUCGACACCGGCGGUCCCCUGGUGGAAUCCUUCAGCCGUUUCCCGUACCCCAGCCCAGAGGAGCUGUCGAGAUGCGGCGUGUCGCUCGGGCUGCCCCCAGAGAGAGUGGGAGUGUGGUUCGCUCAGCAGAGGCUGCGUCACGGCAUCAGCUGGACCCCCGAGGAGGUGAGGGAGGCUCGGGACAAGCUCGGCCAGGCGGGAAGGCCCGAGUCUGACAUUGACACCGAAAAUGAGCCCGCAGCCCCCGCCCCCAGGGGCCCUCGCUUCCGCAAGACCCAGGGCCAGCUGGCGGUCCUCAAAAGCAGCUUUGUGCGCGGGCCCUACCCCGACCAGGCCGAGACCAGGCGUCUGCAGGCCCGCACGGGGCUAGGCCGGGCUGAGAUCCGCCGCUGGUUCAGCGACUGCCGUUACCAGCGGCGACGGAGCCCGGCGGGCGGGGGGAGGCCGAUCGCCGUCCCGGACCCUCGGGCCCCCGUCCCCGGACGGCCCCGCAAGUCGCAGCAGCAGCUGGCGGUGCUGAAGGCCUUCUUCCUGCGCUGCCGCUGGCCCAGUGGGCAGGACUAUGGGCGGCUGGUGGAGCGUACUGGCCUCGCUAGGCCCGACAUCAUACAGUGGUUCGGCGACACCCGCUACGCCCUCAAGAACGGGCAGCUCAAGUGGGUGCUGAGGGGCCCCGCUGGCUUACCCGGGGACCACAGGGUGGGCCGGGGGGAGGGGGGAGAACUCGGGGGGGUCCAGGAGGGCAGCCUGACACUCUGACCCCCUGGGGAGUGGGGUGUCCAAACUAGGGCCCCAUGGGGCCAGCCUGACACCUGGGGGAGGGGGGGGGGGAAGAACUGGACCCCCAAGGGGUCCACCUGACCCCUGUGGACUGGGGAGGAGGGUCAGUGUCCAUACACAAGACCCAAGGGGUCAGCCUGAUUUUCUGACCCCUGGCGGCCGGGGUGGGGGGGAAGAGGGUGGGGUGAACAAACAAAGGCCCCCUGGAGUCAGCCUGACCUUCGGUAAGGCCCCAGCCCGGCCCCCAGCUUGCGUUGGUACUUCACCGCCCCUGGCGUGUCUGACCGGAAUGUGUGGCAAUUUCCAUUAUUAAAAAAAUAACAAAAAAAAUCUUUUUAUAAACCCACCCA